AUGGCGGAAAGCCUUUCUGUAUUAUGCAAUGAACUUAAAACUAUACGCACUUACCUGUGUAAAAUUGGCCCUGACCGUAGACAAGGUGAAAUACUUACUAUAAAGUUAGAGGAGGCUAAUCUUAUUGUGGAUAAAUAUAAAAAAUUAAAUAACGAAGUGUCAGAACUCUUAAAAAAAGGGUUAUUGCCAAAUGAGGAGGUAACUUUAUUUAAUAAAUUGUGCACGACUUUUAAUACACUUCAUAAGGAAAUUUUGAAUUAUUGUCAGGGAAGUAAAGACACAAGUGACACAAUGGGGGAGUCAUUCGAAUUAAAAACGGCCUUGAACUUGUUGCAUGUAAUGACCGAUGAAGAAACUAAUACAAAACAGCUCAUCGACGGCAUUGAGUAUUACAGCACUAUUUUAAAGAGUGACGACCAAAAUAAACUUAUACAGUUCGUUUUGAAAAGCAGGCUAUCGCAGUCGGCCAAGUUAAAAUUAAAAUCCGAUUAUGAUACAUCAAUCGAAUUGAUUCAGGACAUGAGGAAAGUUUUACUACCAAAAAAAUCUGCGACUGCUAUUCAGAGCAAGCUGCACACUAUUAAGCAGAAUAAUCGAAGUGUAAAAGAUUUUGGGUCCGAAAUUGCAGAGUUAUUUGUAGAUUUGACUAUUUCACAGGCCGAUGGUAAUUCUGACAGUUUCAAGGUUCUUAAGCCCUUGAACGAAAAAUUGGCGAUCAAAAAGUUCGCCGACGGUUUACGAAACCGCCGAUUAAGUACUGUUAUUGCAGCAAGGAAUUUUGAGUCGCUAAAGGAUGCGAUACAGGCAGCUCAAGAGGAGGAUGACGUCACCGCCGGCUCGACUUCAGGUGAAAUUCUAGGUAUGUCGCCACAAUUUUUAACACGUGGACAACCAUCUAAGGGGCCGUACCCCGGACAGUGGGAGUUUUAUAAUAGUAGUCGAGGACCAAGUCAACAAUUCUACCCCCGAGGCGGCCGCGGCGCACAGUACAGUUACGGUCACCGCGGCGGCGGGGCUGCCACCUAUCGUAGCAGCAACCGAGGCAACUCCAGGGGCAUGCGAGGGCGACAGUCAGGUAAUUAUUCCAACAGGAAUAGUAGUCAGUGGAACCGUCCGAGCAUGAAAAUGAUGACUCAAACUGAUACAGUUCCCCCGGUAAACUCAAACGACGAAAAUGACGUGAAUACGUUUUUUCGUGACUAA